AUGUCUAAUCAAGCUAAAUCUGCUCCGAAUGCUGCUACAAGCAAGCCAGCUACUAGUGCCUCAACUACUGCAGGGGCCCCAAAGAGCAAAGGGGUCAAUACCAGUCAAUUGGUUGAAACUAUCCAAACUUUACAAUUUGCGUGGUUUGUUGGCCAUGUUUUGACUUUAUGGGGAAUUUUCCUCUUCACCUUGACUUUUAUCAAAAGUGGAAGCCGUUUCCAUAGGUUUUGGUACCAGUUGGCGUUAUUUGGUAUUAUCGAGAGUUUUGGUAUAUUGUUGUACCAAUUAAUCACCAAGAAGGCUCUUAAGGUUAACCAAAUCUUAAAAGACGACAACACUCAGUACUUCUUAUUAGGAAGUGUUUUGCUUUUAAUCAGACCAUACGUGCUUAUUCCAUUAUUACCAUUCGCAUUGUUUUCCUUGUUCCAUGUAUUAGCAUACACCAAGGGAUACCUCUUGCCUAUUUUCGGUAUGGCUGACAGGGGAAUCUCCAAGCAAAUUGAAAAUUUCAUCAGCAAAAACAAUACCAAGUCUAUCCAAGUUGCCAGUUUAUUAGAAAUCUACAGUUUCUUGUGGUUGACCGUCAGAGUUAUCUUAUUCAGAAAAAGAUCGCUCAUUCCAUGGGCCUUCUACGCCGUUUUCCUCAAAAUGAGAUACGAAAAGUCCAUUUUCACCAGAAACUACUUCAAGUCUUUGGAACUCCAAUUGGAUGAAGCUGUCAACAAAAUUAACAACCCAGCUGUCAAGGAUGUAUGGAUCAAAGCCAAGGGCGUCAUCAGAAAUGCCGGUGGAAUCUACCUCGUUAACGACUACACCAAGGAAAAACUGACCUAA